CUUUGUCCGUCUGAGUUUAAAACACGCGAGCCCGUUUUGCGAUCUUGACAGUUGGCAACUUGCAACAACUAACCUUCUUCCAGCAACAACCUCAUGGUCACCGUCGUCCGUCGCCCUUGCGCCUUGCCGCGCCCGACGUACGAGCCGGUCCGCCCGCCCGCGCCGUCGACCGUCAUCGUGCUCGACUGGGACGACACGCUCUUCCCCAACUCGCACCUCACUCGGCGCAACUACCCGCUCGAGGAAGGCUGCUUUGUCUUGACGCAGCAUGACCAUCUCCUGCUCAUGAAGCUCAUCGACCUCAUCGCCGCCUUCUUGGCCUCGUGCAUUGAGGCCAACCGUGCCUGCAUCAUUAUCACCAACGGCGAAGCGGGCUGGGUCGAGGCAUCGUGCGCGCGCUUCAUGCCCUCGCUGCUGCCUCUUCUCUCGAACAUCCAGAUCGUCUCGGCGCGAACUGCGUUCGAGGCCACGUACCCGGUCGACGAGUGGAAGGUCGCAUGCUUCACGUCGGAGCUCGCUAAGAUCAUGGGCCAGAAGAGCCAUGCGCAGCAACACAUCAUUUCGAUUGGCGACUCGCACUACGAGCGCGUCGCGCUCCAAGCGUUCUCAUGCAAGAUGCCCUUGGCGAAGACCAAGUCGGUCAAGUUUGUGCACGUGCCAAGCAUGGAGGACCUCAUCCGCCAGGUCAAGCUCAUCCAGACGUACCUCGGCCAUCUCUGCACGCACCCGGGGCACCUCGACUUGAUUCUGUCCCAUGACCUCCUCCGCGAUGUUGCGGUCUAGAGCGUGUAUUAUUAUUCUUUUUACUUUUUUAAUUUAAUGAUUCCGGAACAUUCAUUUGCCA